CGAAGAUAUUUUGCUUUGUCUCGAGAUCUCCUUGGUCACCCUCAUAGAUUCAGGAAGCCAUCAACGCUAGAUUGCCAUCGCCAUCAGCCAUCGCCAUAGCAAGCCAUGAACUUUCAGCAAGCAACUACUAGCUAGCUAGUAUGUCAUCUGGCGCUCGAGACAGUCCUGCUGACCUCGCGCAGUUCGACGAAGCCGCGAUGGAGCACCAGCACGCUGAAGACAUGAACCGUAUCAAGGCCCAGCGGAAACGCGACAAGGAGCAGCACGAGGAGAAGCAGCGUCGCCAUGAAGUUGAAGAGGAGGAGAAGCAGCAUCGCCACAAACAGGAAAUUGACCGUCUCUGGGAACAGCUCAAGGCCUUCAAGAUCGAAAACGGAAGAACAGCUCAAGGCAUUCAAGAUCAAAUUGGAGGAAUUGACCAAGACCCUUCUUGACGAGGACCAGACACCCCUCCAAAAAAAGUUGCUACUAACACCUUUUUCGAGAACAAUCCAGAAUUCCAGCCAUGGCAUGAGCUCACUGCAGGGCUUCAGGAGUUUGUUGCAGGACUGAAACAAAGACUGAAGGCGCCUCUGUGGUCGAAAGUGCCAUUUCUUCCCCUGCUGAUCCUUCCACAGUGCCCACAUUACCUGAAUCGAUGUUCAUGGUUGCACCAACGAUAACUGCCACGACAACCGCACUGAGGAUCACCGCCAGCACGGGGAAAAUCCAUUCCUGUUUGGUCUUAUGCUGCGUGCGACUAUUACCGACACCACCCGAAGACACAGUGGCCUUGGUCAUGCUGCUCAUAUCAUCGCCUCCUGGAUUCCUCAUGGUUGCUUUGCUGCUUGCUGCUUGCUUGCUCACUUUUGAAUGAAAGAAUGAAAGAAUGAAUGAAGUUUACGAUGCUCGAUAAAAGUUUCAAGGAAAAAGAGCCUUCAGAAAAUUGUGAGCUUCGAAAAGAUCUAGCGAGAUAGAGCCUUCUCGUCAUUGGAUCAUUCAAUGUGGACGUAACCAUGGUGGAACCUGUCCAUCUUCUGAUCACUGUGCGGCAGCAAGUUGGGAACUGCUGUCCUGGUUUCGGACAGCGUUGCACUUGUGGUGAUAGUGGUAUCCAUAAAUAAACUGACAGAGCUGUCAAACAGUGCAAUUGGGACUAUCCGGCAGGCCUUUACCACAGGAUUUGUGCAAGCGGCCAGCCAACACUAGCUAGCUAGAACACCGCUAGCUACUAGCCAUCAGCUAGCAUGCACGGCCCUAGCUAGCAAUGCCUACAUCGCAA